AUGGUCGCACUGUUGGCGAGAGCCAACCCGUCUUGCGCUGUAGUCACACGGAUCUUGCACACGGUCGGCACUUCUGAUCCUCACCAGAGCAUACUUUUCCCGCCGGGUGGGGGACAGCGACGGUCAGAUUCGUUCUCGUCAACGUCGUUGAAGGAUUCCUUGCAGACGACAUCACUGGGUUGGCAACUCGAGGGCCAGAUCAUAUGUCCCUCGAAAGUACACCUACGUCCACUAGAAAAGAGCAGCUCGGCCAACAUCUUCAGCGAAGCUACCACGCUAAACGAAAAGGACUUUACAGAUGUCUCGUCUAACCAGGGCCAGGACUUUUCAAAUCACAUUGCCAAUAGCAUAUACCUGAUAGCACUCCAGCGGGUACAUCCACUUCCAACAACAUCGGGCAAAUCUCUUAUAAACGAGACAAGAUUCAAGACAUUUACAUUCUAUCGACGACUCAUGGUCAUCUUGCUGGUGACGAAUGUGGUAGUCAUACUGUGUAUGAUUGCACGAUCAGUCCGCCAACCGGGCUCCUUCAGCUACAGUCAAGCCGCAACUGCGGUUGGAGCCAACCUUCUGGCUGCGGUCCUCAUGCGCCAGGAGCAUGUCAUCAAUCUGCUAUUCCAUCUAUUAUGCGCAAUACCAGUCAAUACACCCCUUGCAAUACGUCGCAUCGCUGCAAAGAUGGCUUACAACAAUGGUGGGAUUCACUCGGGUUCGGCUAUUAGUGCGCUGCUAUGGUACAUGUACUACACUGUCCUGGUCGUACAGCAGUUCGAAGGAAGCAACGUUCAGAGCAAAGCAGUAGCAGCAAUAUCGGCAGCCAUAUUAGUAAUCUUCACGAUCCUGAUCCUGGUCUCUCACCCGGCGAUACGACGGCAAUAUCACGAUAUAUGGGAGUUGUCCCAUAGAUUUGGCGGUUGGAUUGCAGUUGGUCUUGUGUGGGCACAGAUCUUGACCAUUGCGACAGCAGACACACAUAAUCUCGGGCGUCCUUUGGGCACCGCGUUGAUACAUUUGCCGACUUUCUGGUUCUUGAUCGCCAUUACAUGUUGCCUCCUCUAUCCUUGGCUUCGGCUAAAACGCCUUGCCGUGAAUGCUACAAAGCUUUCCGACCACGCGACCCAGCUGCAUUUCGCCGACAGACAAUUGCCAACAUGUCGUGGCAUUCGUCUGGCGCACAAUCCUCUGAUCGAGUGUCAUGGAUUUGCGACGAUCCCUGAUGUAUCAGAGAGCCGAGCGGACGUCGAGAAAGGGUACAGCGUGGUCAUCAGUCGUGUUGGCGACUUCACCAAAGGCAUGAUCCAGACUCCACCGAAGCAUUUUUGGGUGCGAGGAGCACCGACCAUUGGAGUCAUGCGUCUAUCGUCGUUAUUCCGACCCAUAGUGGUUGUUGCAACGGGGUCGGGCAUUGGACCAUGUCUUUCGUUCUUGAACGUGCAUCCGGAUCAUCCGAUGCGAGUCAUAUGGAGUGCCAGAUCCCCUGAGACGACGUACGGGAAGGACAUCAUGAGGAACGUUCUGCGAGCGGACAGCAACGCACUCAUCAUCGACACGAAGAAGACGGGCACUCCGAAUCUCGUGGCCUUGACUUAUGCCUUCGUUCAGCAAGUUCAUGCGGAGGCUGUCAUGAUCAUCAGUAACCCCAAAGUGACACAGGAGGUGGUGUAUGGUAUGGAGAGUAGGAAGAUCGCUGCAUUCGGUGCUAUAUUUGACAGUUGA